UCUCUCACUGCACCCUUGCCCGGGUCACACAGUAUUGGUACCCGGGUGGGUUUCUGACCCCUUACCUGGAAAACCUGGUCUGCUACAGCACUUCCGUGAUGCUGCCGGAUACUUAAGAUGAAUGGUACAAUAAUCCCAGAGACCCCCAUUGCUGUGGAUUUCUGGCAGAGCAGGAGGUGCAAUCAUGUACGGCUCUUCUUCCUGUCCCACAUGCACAGCGACCAUACUGUGGGAUUGUCUUCUACAUGGAAGCAUCCUGUGUACUGUUCACCAGUCACUGCAAAGGUCCUCAAACAUAAGCUGCAGGUUAACAGUAAAUGGAUCAAGCCUUUGGAAGUUGGACAGUGUCAUAUGCUGCCUUUGGAUGACAUUGGGAAAGAAACAGUUACUGUUACAUUAAUCGAUGCCAAUCAUUGCCCAGGCUCUGUUAUGUUUCUAUUUGAGGGUUAUUUUGGUACAAUACUAUACACAGGUGAUUUCCGCUAUAGCCCAUCUAUGCUGGAUUGUCCACCACUAAAAGACAAAAGCAUCAUUGAUAUUUUGUAUUUGGACAAUACAAACUGCGACCCUUUUAUACUGCUCCCCUCUCGCCAGGAAGCAACCGAUCAGAUAAAAGAAAUCAUUGAAAAGCAUCCAGAACAUGAUAUAGUGAUCGGUCUGUACUGCAUUGGAAAAGAGUCGCUUUUGGUUGAAUUGGCAAAGACCUUUAAAUCGUGGGUGGUUGUAAGCCCUCAACGAUUGGAAUUGCUCAAAAUCCUAGAAUUAGAAGAUGUUUUUACUGUUGAUGGAGAAGCAGGCAGAAUCCAUGUUGUUGACCAGUCAGAAGUAACUUAUGUUAAUAUGGUUCAAUGGAAUCGCGUUUGUCCCACUAUUGCAAUUCUCCCCACCAGUCGAAAAGUCAAAGUUUGGCACAGGGCAGUGCAUGUUGUUCCAUACUCUGAUCAUUCUGCCUUUGAUGAACUUACAGAAUUUGUAUCAAGGCUAAAACCAUAUUCAAUUAUUCCUGUAGUAAAAACCCAGCAAUGUGAGCCUCAUUUCAAACAAUAUUUGCGUUUUAGAAAAGAACCCCACAAAGUGAAUAUUCCAGAAUCUGUGAAAACCUUCAUGAAAAAUCAACAUUUAAAGGGAAAGGAAGAAGCUUUACAUCUGUUUAAAGUUCCCUUUCCCAAGCGUGCUGCAAGAGGAGUUGAGUUUGAGUCGCCUGAAAAAAGGCCAUACUGUAAUGUUGGCUCUUGUAGCAUUCAAAAUAAUCAGGAAAGCAUGGCACAUUUAUCAGACACUGAGGCUGACUUGGAAGAAAGACAAGAAAUUGGAGUAACUUUCAUGAGUACAAGGAAUGCUGAGAUGCCUUUGUGUGAAUCUACUGUGAUAGAACAUAAUAAAGACCGAACUUCACUCGAAAUCUCAACUUCUUACAUUGCUGAUAGCUCAGAAGAUAACAUACUUGAAAUGGCAUCCACAAUAUUUUGGUCCCCUAAACAUAGGAAUGGUACUUUAAUAUCGGAGACAUCACCAGAGGUUAUAUCUGUAAUAGGCUCCACAAGUAGCACUCCAAAUUCAACAUUGUCAAUCACGUAUUUGGACUUACAAGAAGCCAGUCACCUGCCGAUAUUGCCAUUAAAAAAACAGACUAAUUUUGGACCUCAGAACUUUCACAAUCAAGUUGAGAAAUACUUUAAGAAAUUUCAUACAAAUGAUGAGCUCUGUUAGUUUUUGAAAAAGAUAGAAAUAUAUUAUUCUUU